AUGCAACCAAUAGACAUUGACGAUAUGCAAAACACAGAUACUUUAGAUACUAAUUCCGACAUUUUAAAAAGUGAAGUCAGAAAACUAGCUAAAAUUAUACAACUAUUUGUUCCUCUAAUUAGUUCUGUAUUUAUAAUCGUAUCAGAAGCAGUGAAGAUUUAUGAAAAUGCUAAAAUUUGUGAUUAUAAAGCAUUCUAUCAAUUUGUGGAAAUAUUAAAGAAAAUGAAAGAUUUCAUGAAUAACGUUUCAAACUUGUUAGGCUGGAAGAAAUAUGCAUUGGCAAAUUCAGUUCAUGAAACUUUUACACAAUUGAUUUCCAAAUUCGAUAAAAGCAUGGAUGAUUUAUAUUUCACGAUAACUAUUUCUAAUGAACAACAAAGAAAAUUAGACCAAGAAAACCUCAAUUGUAACAUUGAAGAAAUGAAACAGUUUCUGGAAAUAAUUGCCAGAGGUGUUACAAACAUGAAGUCGCAUAUCAAUACAGUUAUUAAUGAAGUGCAAAUCAUUAAUAAGAGGGUGGAUCAUUUAAUUCAUGAUCCUAUUAAUAAUAUGAUAAACUUGAAAGCAGUCAAAAUUAAUCCAAAAGAUUUUGAAAUGUUACUUUGGGAAUUGAUAUUUGAAAAAAUUCCAUAUAAAGAUUUCGACAUGAAUACAAUAAUGAACUUUGUUAAAGAUGACGAUUGUGAAAAGAUCACUUUUGGACAAGCAACUUUAGAAUAUCAAAAGCUUCAGAAAGGUUUAAAAAAAACCAUUAUUGAAG